AUCAUAAACUUUUAAAUCUAAUAAUGAAGUCCUUGCCUCUUAAUUCUCGUGAUGUAUGAAGAUCAGAUACCCAUUCUGCUUUGUCGCCCAAUGCGCCACAAGUUUUACGCAAACAAUUAUAUCUUGGUCUUUAAUUGUUCUUCUAAUGCAAGGCCUGUACGUUUGUGCUCCAUCUUAUAAGCAAUGUCCCUUUUAGGCAGUGCCACCGUCCAUUUACUGCAGAAAUUUUAGAAUAAAAAAUUGCUGUAUAUGCAAUAGUUUUGUUGUGAAGAUUAAUCAUAUGAUAGUUUUCUUGCGAGUCUUACUGUACUAAAAGAUCAAAAUAUAUCUCUUAUGUAUACAAUAAUGGGUAUCGAAUAAAUUAUUCUUAAGAUGGCGUAAACUAAUGCACAUCCGUUACCAUGAGCAUAAUGAGCAGGACACACCAUUUAUUUUUAGCCCUUCAAAUAGCUUUAAUCAUAAUUAUAACACCCUUAAGAGGGCCACCAUUCCCCCCAUCUAAAGUUCUAAUACACAUGCAAUUUCAUUGCUUUCAUCAUUACCAUAAUUUCUGUUUUAUCUUUCAGUUAGCGUAUGCAUCUUCCAAACUUCAAACCUCUUUGUUUUCUAAAGCAGGACGGUGUAAUCAUCAUCACCACAAACAUCAGUUAAAGAAACUUUACAUUCCUUGCCUCCCACGUCAAUCAUCACUCUCUCCUUCGCAUAAAAUCAAACAGCUACAUUACUCUCUUUGCACUUAGAGCCUCUAACAAACACCUUAAGACUUUCAAGUAUGAGAAUCAGAACUUUCUCCUUUUGGCUCUUUGCCUUUGCCAUUGCUCUUAUUUCUAUUAUCAUUUCCAUCUCUGCAAUCCUUCCUUCCUCUUUGACAACCGCUCCCAUAAAGGUUCCAGAUAGCUUUCAACUUCUCAUUCUCAGAAGGGUUUUUAAAGAAACUGGUUUAGAGGACACCAUAUCGAGGAUCUUGUCUAGACAUCACCACCACCACCAUCACCACCACCACCACCAUCACCGGAAGAAGCCUAAAUGCGAUAGAAAUUCAUGGAAGUCUAGGAUUAUGUACCGUUAUGGAAGGGUGAUAUACCAUUAUAAAGUGUCUAGUGUCUUGACUGUAGACUUGAAAGGUUGUGCAAAUUUUAGCAGUGUUCAGAAGGCAGUUGAUGUUGCCCCAGAUUUUAGCCCCUUCCCAACUCUUAUCAUAAUUGAUUCUGGCACUUACAGGGAGAAGGUGACUGUGCAUAAUAGUAAAACAAACUUAAUAUUUCAAGGUCAGAGUUAUCAAAACACUGCCAUAGAAUGGAAUGACACUGCAAAUUCAACUGGAGGAACUGUCUACAGUGCUUCAGUUGCCAUCUUUGCACUCAACUUCAGAGCAUACAAUAUCAGCUUUAAGAACACAGCUCCUUCGCCGUCUCCAGGGGAAGUGGGAGGGCAGGCAGUAGCACUUAGAAUAGCAGGUGAUCAAGCUGCUUUUUAUGGGUGUGGAUUUUAUGGAGCUCAAGACACUCUUCAUGAUGAUCGUGGAAGGCAUUAUUUUAGAGAAUGCUUCAUCCAAGGAUCUAUUGAUUUCAUUUUUGGAAAUGCUAGAUCACUUUUUGAGCACAUGACCAUGCAGUUAUCAUCUCAGGGCUGCAUCAUCAACUCAAUAGCAAAACCUCCAGUAGCAGGAGUAAGUGGAUCAGUUACAGCUCAAGCAAGGCAAUCCAUGAGCGAGCAAACUGGGUUUUCGUUUGUGAAAUGCAUCGUAGUUGGAAGUGGGAAAGUAUGGCUUGGUCGAGCUUGGGGUGCAUAUGCUACUGUUGUCUUUUCUAAAUCUUACAUGUCCAAUGUUGUUUCCCCAGAUGGUUGGAACGAUUGGCGAGACCCUUCUAGAGAUCAGUCUGUGGUUGAUCCUACUCAUUCAUCCCUCUUUAUAUAUAUGACAGUAUUCUUUGGAGAGUACGAGUGUUAUGGAGAUGGAGCAAACUACGCAUAUAGAGUAUCUUAUGGGAAGCAGCUAACAGAAUAUGAAGCAUCUCCCUACAUGAAUAUAUCAUACAUAGAUGGAGAUCAGUGGCUUCAUCUUCAAAACCCUAUUUCCAUAUUCUCUCAUGAGGAUGACUAUGAUGAUGGGCUUCCAGAAUUUAUACACACUUUCUGAUUAAUAGUAUGUCUAUUCACCAGUUCCGAUGCAUGUGAGAUAAAGAGACAGAAGAGUCAUUAGUUUAGAUAGACAUAAAACUAAGCGAUAAAUUCUCAUUUCUCAACUGACCAUUUUUGAAAGGCGUCCCUAGUUUCAGAUUCCCAAGUAUAAACUAUCCUUUCUAUGCAGUCUACAGUAAAUAGAAGAAUAAUAAACUAAGAAAUUUGGCAGAAUAAUAAAUUUGUCCUUUCCUAGCAGAAUUUCCACUCAAAAAAUUUUGUUACUGUUUAGU